AUGGUUUGGAACCGCAUUGCGCUUGUCAGUCUGCUGCUUGUCGUGCCUGCCGCUGGACAGUGCGACGAAGGCACCUGCCAAAGCCUCCAGCCAUAUUUCGACUGUCUCUUGGACUUCGGCAGCGGGGCUGCUGGUGCCGGAAACGCGAUCACAUUCGCAAAUUGCCCAGGCAUUGGCCGAGUUGCCGUCAGGGUCCGACUCGUGGGUGACGCCCGCUCCGAGAAGUAUGUCAACGCAUUCGAAGUGCUGCGGCCACAUCUGGAUCGCAAUGUCUUGCAGUUGCCCGAGGAACACCUCACUCGGUUGCCUGCUGAAGACAGGUUUGUGGAAGUUGCAUUCUUGUCAGGACUGUUCUCGGCGCUGAGUUCACGACCAAUCAGACCGAUCCAUCGGAAGGGGGAGGGCCAUGCCGAACUGCUUUGGCGUGAAAAAGUCAGGUGGUCGAUGGCAGGGGUGUUCGACAUAGCGGGACCUGCUGCAACAUGCACGUAUUGCUUCAACGACACGGCAUUGGUGCAGUUCCUUCCCUUAUGCGUCCGCCAACCGGGCGAUCCUGCAGGACAGUGCCACGCUCACGAACAAUUGCAGCCUCCCUUUGAGCUGGAAGUGGAGGUCAUGUCUCGAGCAAUGCCCAUUCUCCAGGUGAUCCCGGAAAUGAGCAUCUUGGAGUUGCUGAUCCUUCUGACUGGCUACACCAUGGACCUCGAGAAGAUGGCUUCCCUUAGCUUCUUGCACGACAACCACCUCGGGAAUCUUCUGGUGGUGAUAAGCCAAACGGGUGCAAGGAAGAUAACCUGGCAUGACUUCGGUGCUCGAAGCUACUUUCACACGGCCACGCAAUCUGAUUUCGAAAGCUUCAGGAAAUUGUUCGAUGAGUCUUACGAGAUGGUGAUUGCAUAUCUCACACAGCGCAGCGGCACCGCGAGCCUCGUUGCACAGUUGAGACACGUAAAAUCGGAGUGGAGCCUGGAAGGGAUUAGAGAUUUGGACAUCGUAUCAAAAGCAUUGGCCACGCUCGCAGAGAGCCUCCAGCAGGUAAUCAUGCAAUGGGCCGAAGGCAGCAUCAACAUCCGGCGUUCGGUGCUGCAAGCAUGGAGCCGAGCAUUGCCUCCAACGAGACUUGAGGCGCUUCGUGAACUUCUGGAGCAAGGUGGGCCUGUGGCUUCACCCGCAACUCUCGUUUUCCCAACAGUAGUUUGGGCAGACUUGUUCUUGAGCAGUUCUGGAAGAGAGGGGAACCCGGAUUGGGGACAAACAAACAUUAGUGAAUGCCGGUCUUGCUCUGAAGCUCGGGCAGUGUUCUUGAAUCCCAGUGAUGGCCCAGUUUCGGUCGGCGCAAGCGCAAGCUCUUGUUUUUUCCACACUGGCGUUUUUCGUUUUCUUCGCGUUGCCCCAGUUUCAUGCAGUGUAGUUCUAUGUCUUCCAGUUGGAGUGCAAAUCCAUCAGGGUCCUGUCUGCCGCUCUCCUUUGGUUUCUUGUAGAGCGAUUGUUGGAAAAUCGUCACACAUGGGAUUUGUUUCGGAGCCGGCCCCAUUCGCCCCACAAAACACCACAAGCUGGACAAGGCUCAUAAUUGAAGUUCCGCAUGGCGCUUAA